AAAAGGGGGAGUGUACGUGGUUUGUUUAAUGAAUGAUGGCACGGUGGCCUGUCAAAAAGAGAAAAAUUUAAUUUUACUUUUGGGUGAUUUAAAUCAGGAAGGAGUUGAGCUAUUGCAAUAGCUGAGAGCAUUUUUGCACCGCUUUUGGAGUGUUUCGAUGAGAUCCAGCCUGUCAUGUGAACAUGGAAAAUCAUGCCAACUAGCAGCCAGAGAACGAUAAGAAUGCUAACAAUAGAAGCAUUCCUUUGCUUUUUGAUAAUAGGAUGUGCCUUUUGUGUCAGCCUUGAUGAAGCUAACCAGAACACUGUCAACAUUAAUCAGUCGGUGGUUGCGAAUAAAAAAAAUGAAAAGCCGUCAACUCCAAAGGCGGAGUUGGCACCUAGUGCGGGAAACGUCAGCAGCAGCGUCGAUAACCAGCAGCACUCGGGGUCCAAGUCGAAGAAGAAAGACAAGGCGAUACCUGACGCUUCCUGGUACCUGGCUAACAAAACUCUCCUUCCUGUCACCCCUGAGAAAGUUCCACCCUCCACUAUUGACUCCACGGAAAGUGGACGAAAUUCCAGCACAGCAAUUGCACCUGUUGGCCCAGGGGGCAGAGUCAACUCCGGCUCCCUGCUAAGAGGGUUCUAUGUGUUUCUAGGCCUUGGCUUGAUUGUAAUUAUGUAUCUUGUUGCCAGAACUGUAAGACUGAAACAAAAAGUGACCAGAGUCCACAAGUACGGCAUUAUUUCCAACAGAGACGAUCUAGAAAUGGCACCACUUGAGAUUGAUGAUGAUGAAAAUGAAGUACUUUUUGAGCUUCCUAUAAAAUAAUUAUAUGCUUUUUUGCUUUUGAAAGCUUUUCCAAUGACAAAAAACUGCUUAGGUGCAAUCGAAAAAUCAGAUCUAUUUUAAAGUGCAUUUGUAAGCGAUAUUAUUGAAAAUGAAGAUUAUAUUUAUCUAUAUAAUAAAUCAGUUUUCUUCAAUA